ACACUUCCCCGCAUUCCCACAAUUACUACGUUAUACAAAGAGCAAUCCAAAGACGCCUUUUCCAUGAAGCGCUCAACUAAACAACACUCACCCUCUCAACCCCUUCAAAAAUCAGAACAAAAGAUUAUAGACGGGUAUCCGCACAUAACUCAACUCCUUCAAGAUCAAGGUACUGAGCACUCAGGUUAUUCGUAUCUUCUAUAUUUGCCACUAGUUACAAUACAACGUGUUGGCUCAGUGUUACAUUUAUUAUUUAUUUCACUUUUGCACGCAGGGGAUCAACUUACGCUCUAUACCCUAUAUAUGAUGGAUAACGAUCGUGCUGUUACUGGUGCUGUUGCUGGCACUGCUUGGUUUAUCUCACUUAUUUGGUCGGUAAAGAACGAGAUGGGGUCAAAAGUAAACUCACAUGUAGACGCACAGAGGAUGGUAAACGAGACACACAACGCUAAUUGGAAUACAAUGAAAAUCCCCAAACUUACCUCCACUCCGACAUCUCAAAUAAAAAUCACUCAUGUGUAUGAUGAUUUAGUUAACUAG